UUGGUGGGUGAAAAAAAGAAAAUUGAAAAAUAGGGCUUUGAAUUCUCUCUCACCUUCUCUUUUGAAAACCCCCAAAUUCCUUUAUUCGAAUCCCAAAUACCUGAGAUUUUACAUCCUCAGAGAAAUUGCAAUGAGCAAGAUAGGGUAUGGGUUGAACCUUAGGCUGCCAUCACAGCAGAAGAAGAAGCAACAGCAGCAGCAGUCAUCAAAGCCGCCUCGCCCACCUGCCUUUGGGUUUAACGACGACGACGACGACGACGAUGACGUGGAGAGCGAUAUUUCUCGGCAAGCUAGCAAGAACAAGUCUCUCAAGGACAUUGAGGAACAGCAGAAGAAAGCCCUCGAAGAAGACCCCACUGUUUUUGAUUAUGACGGAGUUUAUGAUGACAUGAAGCAGAAAGCCAUUCAACCUCGAGUUCAAGAUCGUCAAGACAGAAUGCCAAGAUAUAUUCAGCUAUUGAAAGAAAAAACAAAAGAACGAGAGAAAUACCGUGAAGUAGUAUAUGAGAGAAAAAUUGCAAAAGAGAGAAGCCAAGAUGACCACCUCUAUGCAGACAAGGACAAAUUUGUGACUAGUGCUUACAAAAAGAAACUUGAAGAGCAGAAAAAAUGGAUGGAGGAAGAACGUUUGCGUGAACUUCGAGAGGCACAGGAUGAUGUUACAAAGAAGAGUGACUUGAGUGAUUUUUACUUCAACAUUGGAAAAAAUGUUGCUUUUGGUGCAAAAGAUGCUGAGGUGAGGAGAUCAGAGAAGCAGGUUGAGUCAAAGAAGCCAGUGAAACUGGCCGAGUCAAGGGAGUUAGAGAAGCUUGAAUUAAAAGGCUCUGAUGAUAUAUCAGAUGAAGGUCAGUCACCAACUGCAUCAAAUGCACCUUUGAAGGUUUCAGUCAUGGAAGACAAGCAUCAAGGUGAAAGCUUCAUUCUAACAAAGAAAAGCGUUGAAUCCUUAGAUAAAAAGCCAAUAACCAACACUUCAGAUCAAGAAAAAACUUCAGCUGAACAGCCAUCAGCAGAACAGCCAUCAGCAGAACAGCCAAAGCGUGACCAUCAUAAGAGAAGUGGAGAUGCUGUGGCUGCAGCUAAAGAACGGUUUUUGGCAAGGAAGAAGGCAAAAGAACAGUGAAAUCUCUCUUGGAGCAUGUUAAUACAAAUUUUAGAAACUAAAAAGAAAAGUUGUCUUAUUUUAAUCUGGAAUACCUGUAAAACGUUCUCUCAGAAGUAGAUUGUGGAUGCCAUGUUUGGUUUGUGCACAAGCUUUUUGCUGUCUUUCCCUCCCCAUCAAGGACUUUUUAAGUUUUAUAAGUGAUUAAAUUACUAGAAUGGUAUGGGGCUUAGCAAUCAAGAAGGAUUUUAUCUAACUUGUCCAGGAAACACUUUGGAGCCAGACCUUAAUUCAUCACUCGUAAGUGGAAUGUUAAAAGUUUUAUUAAAAACUCUGUGAAGCCAAUGAAUCUCUGGUUUA